GCUCCGGGCCUUCUUCCAACACUCAUAUUUCCCAUACUUCAUAUGUACCCUCUCUACCGACAUCAGCAAGAGAAUAAGAAACGCUGCGACGAAGAAAAUAAACGCCAGAGACAGACAGAGAGAGAGGGGGAGAGAGAGAGACGAAGGAAAAAAAGAAAAGAAAAAAAGGAGAGGAUCAUCGAACUAGCUAGCUAGAGAGGAUUCAUUUGGUAUUGGGUGUAAAAAUGAGUAGCAUUUUGGAGGUGGAUCAUCGCGACAAGUAUAGCACGAUUAAUUUCGAAGAGACGGAACUGCGCCUCGGAUUACCCGGUGGAAGUGGAAAUGAUGGCGAUGCAGUCAAGAAUAGUUCGAAAAGAGGGUUUUCCGAAACCGUUGAUUUGAAGCUUAAUCUUUCCUCCAAAGAGUCUUCCGCGGCCAAGAACGAAGUUGAAAAGAUGAAGGAGAAGACUGCUCUACCACGCUCUACUACUGCUGAUCCUGCAAAGCCCCCAGCAGCCAAGGCACAAGUUGUGGGUUGGCCACCCGUACGAACAUUCCGAAAGAACAUUGUGGGCGUCCAGAAGAACAGUACCACUAGAGACGAAGCAGCCGAGAAGGGCAGCAUGAGCAGUGCUGCCGCCUUUGUUAAGGUUAGCAUGGAUGGUGCACCAUAUUUACGUAAGGUGGACUUGAAGCUGUACAAGAGCUACCAGGAACUGUCUGAUGCCUUGGGCAAAAUGUUCAGCUCCUUUACGAUUGGUAAUUGUGGGUCACAAGGAUUAAUGAAGGAUUUCAUGAACGAGAGCAAGUUGAUAGAUCUCUUGAAUGGUUCCGAGUACGUGCCCACUUAUGAGGACAAGGACGGAGAUUGGAUGCUUGUAGGCGAUGUGCCAUGGGAGAUGUUUGUUGAUUCUUGCAAGCGUUUGCGAAUAAUGAAAGGAUCCGAAGCCAUUGGACUUGCACCGAGAGCAGUAGAGAAAUGCAAGAACAGAAGCUGAACAUUUUUUUCCCCUUUUUUCCAAACCUGUGCUAUGAUCAAAAGGAAGGAAGCUCUGGAGAGAGGUCAAGCACUUGAGUUUGGAUAAUUCUGUACCAUGUUUUUUGUUUUUUUUUGUUUUUUUCUUUUUUGUCUUCCUUUAUAUGAGAGACGUAUUCGAGAACUUUUAGGAACAUGAAGCAAUAAUAUAGAAGAUGUUCAUAAGACCUUUCCUAGUGUUCAUGUGUAAGUUUGUUUAUUUUGAAUGGAUUGUAUGAUUAAUAAUGUCAACGUUUUUCUUGUUGUCAUGACUCAACGAAUGCAUGAUGAGAUUCUAUA